CUGCUGUGGAGAGAGUAUAAAUUCACAAGACGCCACUCUCAAGCUGUCACAAGACCCAGACCCAGGCACAAUAUCUGGAUUCCCCCCUCAGUAACCUGCUGAGAUGUUUGGAAAAAGCCUUUUGAUUCUCCACGUGCUGCUACCAGCCCUCUGCGCUGCUACAGAGGUCACGAGCUGCGAGGCUUGCCAUGCGCACGCCGACUGUAUAACUAACGGCCCGCUGGUCAGCUGCUCGUGCCGCGCCGGUCACGUGGGCAGCGGCCUCGCCUGCUACAACCACACGCAGUGCCACGUGGCCAACGCCGCCGGCUCCGCCUCCAACUCGCCGUGCUGCAGCGAGGGCUACACCUGGUCCUCUGCGCUCGGCUGCGUGGACGUGGACGAGUGUGCGGCCGACUCGCCGUCUCCCUGUCUGCCGCCGCUGAUGUGUGAGAACACGGCCGGCUCCUACAGCUGCCUGCUGCCGCCCGUCAACGACAACCAGCUCAGCACGGCGCGCACCGUGCAGUUCAGCUGCGGCUCCAUGGUCUGCAACGUGGGCCAGGACUGCCUGAUCGUCAACGGCAACGCGCGCUGCCUGGACCCGUGCCAGCACUACACGGCGCUCGACGACGCCUGGCGCGCCUCGGACCACGAGACCACCACGAACGCCCGGUGCGACAUGCAGACGAACUGGCAGGGCUGGUACCGCAUGUUCCUGGGCGACGCCAGCGUGCAGAUGUCCGAGAGCUGCCUGAAGACGUGGACGUGCGGCACGCACGCGCCGCUCUGGCUGAAGAGCGGCCACCCCGUGGAGUCGGACGGCGUGGUGCAGGGCAACGUGUGCGGCAGCUGGACGGAGGGGUGCUGCAACUUCGAAUUUCCCAUCCACGUCAAGGCCUGCCCCGGGAACUAUUACGUCUACAAGUUCGUUAAGCCGCCACUGUGCUUCCUGGCUUAUGGAGCUGAUGUCAAUACGAAGGUGUGUGGCACGUGUAAAGAGGGCGAGAGCUGCGUCACGGAGGACAAGAUCCACUGGAGAUGUGAAGAGAGAACUCCUGUGCGGCUGGCCAAUGGCGCGCACCGCUGCGAGGGCCGCGUAGAGCUGUUCCACGAGGGCAGCUGGGGCACCGUGUGCGAUGACGACUGGGACAUGGACAACGCGGAGGUGGUGUGCCGCCAGCUGGGCUGCGGCCCGGCCAAACAGGCGCUCGCUAACGCCCACUUCGGCUCCGGAAGCGGGCCCAUCUGGCUGGACAACGUGAACUGCGACGGCAGUGAGCAGUACCUCUCCCGCUGCAGAAACCAGGGAUACGAAGUCCACAACUGCGCCCACAACGAGGACGCCAGCGUUAUCUGUGAAGAACCUGUGGUUAUUCCUAACCCCAAGCUCGUGUGCGAUGGCAAGCUGAUGAAAAUCGGUAUCCCCAAAGACCUCCAGGCCAGCACGCCAUUGGACACCAUGUCAGGUCACAUGGCUGAUCCGGAGUGUACGACUCGCAUGGAAGUCAACGGAACUCUGUGGUACCAAGUGCAGAGACUGGACGGCAUCUGUGGAAACGUCAUGAAGACCAAUGAGACCCAUGUGGUGUUCUCCAACACGCUCUUCAUCUACCCGACCAAUAAGGAGAAUAACUUCACUCUGCCGGUGGGAUACCCCUUCUCCUGCGCCUACCCUCUGGGCAUGGAGACUUCGCUGGAUGUCGUCGUCAAGCCUUAUCUCUCAAUGCAGGAGAUGGGCCUGGUGGGCUUCGGUCCCGGUGCCCGGGCCGUCAUGUCUCUGUACCCCAACUCGACCUUCACGGAGCCGUACGCGGCGGGAGACGUCGUCCUGCCCGUAGGCUCCGCCCUCAACGUGGGUAUCCACACGGAGGGCGUGGAGGAAGGAACCUUCGUGGUGAUUCUGGAAGACUGCUUCGCCACCAACAGCUCCAGCUCCGCCGACCCCAUCAAACACCACUUCAUCAAGAGCAGGUGCCCCACUGACCCUCUGCACGUGACGGUGCAUGAGAGCGGCUCCUCCCUGAAGGCUCGCUUCACCGCUCUCCUCUUCCUCUACCUGGGAGACUACAGGGACAUGUUCGUACACUGCCGCCUCAGCCUGUGUGACAAGUCAACCUCCGCCUGCUCCUCCGCGUGUAUGAAGACCAGAAGAAAACGCUCCGUUUCAAAUAUGGGCACCCUCACUGUUGGACCCGUCACCUGGGUUUGAUCAGCUACAGUAAACUGGAAUAGUGUUGUAAUUCACAGGUUUCCACAUGAAUACAGACUUCGAGGAAAAGCUCACAUGACUCUCUGCCAAUAACUCUCUGGAAACACACACACACACUUUUCAUUAAUUUAUCUUUCGAGAAAAACAAAAACAAAGCAUUUUACUCUCUUAUCACCAUAUAAUGAGAUGUAAUAAAAAUAAAUCUGGACUCUUCGAUCUUUAUUAUUAUUAAAUAAAUAUUCUAUUUUCUUGCUCUUAUUUUGAAGUCGUGUGUAUUUGU